UAGCGGGAGCCUGAUCAUGUGACCUCCAAUAUGGCGACUGCCCUGGCUCAUCCCUGGAAGGGGCGGAGCCUGGGCAGAGGGCAGGCUCAGAUUCAGUCUAUAACGGGGACUGUGCUCGCGUUUACGGACAGCUUAUCAUGGAGGCGAAAGAGUCUAGACCUCAGGGUUUUCCGGAGCUUAAGAAUGACACCUUCCUGCGAGCAGCCUGGGGAGAAGAAACAGACUACACUCCUGUUUGGUGCAUGCGGCAGGCAGGACGCUACUUACCAGAGUUUAGGGAAACUCGGGCUGCCCAGGACUUUUUCAGCACCUGUCGCUCCCCAGAAGCCUGCUGUGAACUUACCCUGCAGCCACUGCGUCGCUUCCCUCUGGAUGCUGCCAUCAUCUUCUCCGACAUCCUUGUCGUACCCCAGGCACUGGGCAUGGAGGUGACCAUGGUGCCUGGCAAAGGGCCCAGCUUCCCAGAACCAUUAAGAGAAGAGCGGGACUUAGAGCGCCUCCGGGAUCCAGCAACAGUGGCCUCUGAGCUGGGCUAUGUGUUCCAGGCCAUCACCCUCACUCGACAGCAGCUGGCUGGGCGUGUGCCACUGAUUGGCUUUGCUGGUGCCCCGUGGACUCUGAUGACAUACAUGGUUGAGGGUGGCGGCUCAAGCACCAUGUCUCAGGCCAAGCGCUGGCUUUACCAGAGACCACAAGCCAGUCACCAGCUGCUUCGCAUCCUCACUGAUGCUCUUGUCCCUUAUCUGGUGGGACAAGUGGCUGCUGGUGCCCAGGCACUGCAGCUCUUUGAGUCCCAUGCAGGGCAUCUUGGCCCACAACUCUUCAGUAAGUUUGCACUGCCCUACAUCCGUGAUGUGUCCAAGCGAGUGAAGGCCGGGCUGCAGGAGGCAGGCCUGGCACCAGUGCCCAUGCCAGCAGAGCAAAGCUGUCUGCAGCCUGAGAUUUGCCCUUUCCCCCAGAUCAUCUUUGCUAAGGAUGGACAUUUUGCCCUGGAGGAGCUGGCCCAGGCUGGCUACGAGGUGGUUGGGCUAGACUGGACAGUGGCCCCCGAGAAAGCCCGGGAACGCGUGGGAAAGACGGUGACCCUGCAGGGCAACCUGGACCCCUGUGCCCUGUAUGCAUCUGAGGGAGGACAGAGGCGUGCUGGCCCCCCUGUAGCCAGUGCCCUGUUGGUCCCCCCAGGAGGAGAUUGGGAAGCUGGUGCAGCAGAUGCUGAAUGACUUUGGGCCACAGCGCUACAUUGCCAACCUGGGCCAUGGACUUUACCCUGACAUGGACCCGGAACAUGUGGGAGCCUUUGUGGAUGCCGUGCACAAACACUCUCGCCUGCUUCGACAGAAUUGAGCACGUCCCUUUUCCCUGAAGUACCGCUGACACAGAUGAUUGUUUCCAGGAGAAUAAAAGUUCAAGAGUUGGA